AUGCCUUGCGGCGAUGGCUGCGUCGGCUGCCGUGUGCAGAGACGAAGCGGCACGUCGGCAACUUUCUUUCCGUCUAUCGUGUGCGACCCAGCGCCGAAGCAGAUGGAAACAGCGACGACGACGGGGCGGACGAGCCGUUCGUGUUGGCUCCGGAGCAACUACCGGGAGCACUUCGCACACAACUGCCCGCGCACUCGCACCGCAGCGGCCCCGCCCACAACGACGAUCGCGCCCAUCGCGUCGAAGGCAGUGCAGCAAGCCGACGCACUGUGGUCGACGCCGAUGUCGCCGGAUGUGUCGGGGCGCACGCCACCGAACGCGUACGCAGACCUGUCGGCAGACGCAGUGCGCAAGGCAGCGCGGGCCCACCCAACCAAGCAACACGCCAUGGCCGCGCCGAAGGAACAGGUCGCCGCGGUGCAGACCACGCCUGACGAGACUGAGGAGGCCGUGCAAACGUGGCUCGCCGAGUUGACGGGCAAGGACGAUUGCAAUGCCGAACAAGCAAGUUUGUGUACGAAGCUUGGCAUGCGUAUCCUGCAAGAGCUCCACGACAGCCAGUUAGAACCCGGUACGCCUUGCUCGCAACCACUGCGCUGGGUGCUACACGGCGGCCCCGGCACCGGAAAAUCGCAUACGCUCAAAAUGGCGCGGAAGGAGUUAUUCGAACAGAGGUUGGGUUGGACACAUGGAAUACGCUUUCAAGUCGUCAGCUUUCAAGCGGUCAUGGCAGAACUCUUAGAAGGAGACACCAUACAUCAUGCAUUGGGCUUAGACUGGGCAGGGGAAAGGAACCAGAAUCUGCUGCGUACGUUGCAGCGCGCGCGACAAACCUUGCAAUGGCGAUGGUUAAUUUUAGACGAAUUCAGCGUGGUAAGCGCAGAACUACUGGCGCAGCUGGAACACCGCUGUCGCGAAAUCAUGCGAGACCUCAGCCUGGCCAAAUCUUUCGGUGGCCUGAAUGUGAACCUUUGUCGGAGAUGUUCCAUGGGACCUGCUCACAGGGAAGAAAAAGGCGAAGCAAGCGCGACUGCCUUGCAUGGUCAGACGCUACUCUGGGGCGGGCCAACGGUUGGCAUGCAAGGGCUCACGGAGCUCGUCCGCUGCGAACGGACAGGCGACGCAUGGCUCACAGAAGUCCAAGAGCAACUGCGCCGGGGGGAGCUCUCCGAGGACAGCCACGCUUUCCUGCACGGGAACGUGACCUCUGUGCCGGGAAGCUGGACGCUGGGACGCCCGGCAUGCGGGACGCCUGCGUGCGCAGCAUUGGUGGGUCAGAGCCCCGACACGAUUCGUCGGCGUGAGCGUGCAGUGUUCCAGAAGGCUUUUGCAGACCCCGCAGCCAUCUUUGCCACGAAUGACGUGAAGUACCACGUGAACAAACGUGCUCUCAGCUGGGCAGCGGAACAUAAGGUAGUCGCGCACAUAGCAGUGGCCCGGGACGUGGCCUCGGCAACUGUCUUGCAAGACAAAAUGGACAUUGCCACGGAAAAGAUGCAGUGGCUGCAAGGACACGACCAGGAGUGCGGGGGUCUGUACGGCCUGUUACCUUUGUGUAUCGCGCGCGCGACCGACCAUUUAGAUCGGCAACGUGGUAUUUUGAAAGGCUGCCAAGGAAUCGUGGUUGGGUGGUCGUCACCUUCAGAGGAAGUCACUGGCGAUGGUGUGGCUCUCUGGAACAAAUUGCCCGAAGUCGUGUACAUCAAGUUUUACACCGCCACGAACUGGCACGUUAGUGGGAUGCCAGACGCCAAUGUGUAUCCGGUGGCGCCAUGCAAAAGAGUGUGGUUCCUGGAUCGCCACAAGAAAUACCCGCAACAGUUGCGUGUUUGGCGAACGCAAUUUCCGGUCGCUCCAGCAUUUGCUAUCACGGCACAUGUUGCGCAGGGGCAGACCAUUAUAGAGGGCGUCAUGACCGAUUUGAACAUCGGACUCGGCCGUAAUCCCUUUACAGCGUAUGUUGCUUUCACACGUGUCCCCGGUCGAGAGAAGCUCUUACUGUUUCGCCCAUUCGACGCGAAGCCAUUCCAGCGCGGUAUCGGCGUUGGUCGGGAGCUCUUGCUGCGACAUCUCCGCGGCGAAACGAUAGAUUGGACCGCGCUUUUGAACAAAUACUGCGAAGAGCGGCAGUGCUGCAUUUGCCAGCAACGCAAGCAAAAGGGGGCCUUUACCACAGGGCAAUGGAAACGCGACGACGCGGACCGAGUUUGUCGUGAGUGCGGCCAACGCUAUGCGGAAGCCGGCACGCCAUGGCAGUGCCAUAUUCUGCAAAGUCUGGCACGCCGAAGUCAAUUUUCCGCAGAAGUAUCACCGACCGCAGUGCAGCUUUUAUCGAGCGUGGUUGGUGGCAAUGUGGCACCUGUGGUGUGCGAAAGGCACGCGGAGAGUUUAGUGCGUGGCGCCAGCGCCACCGAUGGAAAGAAGAUGGGACGCAGAUGUGUAAUGGGUGCAAGGCGCUACAAUUCGUGUGCCGCUUCGCCGCCCGGACCAAUCAGAGAUUGGCCCGUCUUCGCGCCCGCGCAGGACAAGAGCAGUUACGAUGUUUGUUGGUGCCCGGGCAUGGUGUGGACACCGAUGUCGUUGAGCGGUGUGUAA